AUGUACCAGCCAGUUCAACGAGUAGAUGGUYAAGUUCACAAGAMGUGUCUUGAUCAGUGUCUUGAUCAGUGUCUUGAUCAGUGUCUUGAUCAGUGUCUUGAUCAGUGUCUUGAUCAGUGUCUUGAUCAGUGUCUGGAUCAGUGUCUGGAUCAGUGUAUUGAUCAGUGUCUGGAUCAGUGUCUGGAUCAGUGUUUUGAUCAGUGUCUGGAUCAGUGUCUGGAUCAGUGUCUGGAUCAGUGUCUGGAUCAGUGUCUGGAUCAGUGUCUGGAUCAGUGUCUGGAUCAGUGUCUNGAUCAGUGUCUGGAUCAGUGUCUGGAUCAGUGUCUGGAUCAGUGUCUGGAUCAGUGUCUGGAUCAGUGUCUUGAUCAGUGUCUGGAUCAGUGUCUUGAUCAGUGUCUGGAUCAGUGUCUUGAUCAGUGUCUGGAUCAGUGUCUUGAUCAAUGUCUUGAUCAGUGUCUUGAUCAGUGUCUGGAUCAGUGUUAUGAUCAGUGUCUUGAUGAGUGUCUUGAUCAAUGUCUUGAUCAGUGUCCUGGUCAGUGUACAUGUCUUGAUCAGUGUCUUAAUCAGUCUUCAUCAGUAUCUGGACCAGUGUCCUGA